UUAUGCAAGUGUAACAGGGUUUUAUUGGUGAUUCCCCUUGCCACUUUAUUGUUAAGCCAAUGGGUUUUUGGUUUUAGUUUUGUCUUGCCGUCACCUACUCAACAUGGCAUCUUAUUGGCUGGUUUGCGUAGCUUGCUUACGAGGGAGGAUGUUUCAUUAGAAUCGUCCCAGUGAACAAGCACCAAACCAGCGUGCGUGAGUGCAGAGUUGGAUGGUGAGCCGUGCAUUGCAUGACGUGCAAUUUUGUGCUGUUCCUACCAGGUACAUUGUUAAAGAUAUUAUAUUGUAUAUUGUAAUUGUAUUAUUAUGGUAACUACAUGGCCCAGUGAACAAGCACCAAACCAGCGUGCGUGAGUGCAGAGUUGGAUGGUGAGCCGUGCAUUGCAUGACGUGCAAUUUUGUGCUGUUCCUACCAGGUACAUUGUUAAAGAAUAAAUCUCCAUGACGGGUGCUACAUGUUGGAAUUCGUGUCGAGGAUUGAUUGUACACAACGCAAGAAGAGUACUGUUACAGUGGUGCCGUGACCGUUCUUCUGGAUCGGAUCAUCCUUCGCUGGAUUUCCAUCUCAGAACUUCGCCGUGGUUGCCGUUGAAGAACCAGAUAAGACGUUGCUGGUGCAGUAUAGUGCGAUAUCGCAUUUCGCCACAAGAGGGCGCCAUCAACGUUUUAUUAUCGAAAUUGAUGAUUUCUCUGGCUGAGACACUUCACAGAUAAACGAUAUAACUUUUGUGUUACUUGUUUAUUUGAAAUUCUAAUGUAUAUCUGAUAUGAGUAGGGUGAGUUUUACCUGUGUACUAGAUAUAGGUUAGAUUUUGACGUGAGGUUAAAGAAAGAAAUAUAUAUAUGCAUUUUUUUUGCUAGUUACAUUUUUAUUAGUGUGUUGAUUUCCCAUUGUUAAAAUGGAAGGUGUUGGGAGAGGUAGGGGUUUCCUGUCAUUUAAUCUGUCACCAUCUGUUGGUAGGGGUUCAGGCAAAAUUCCAGUUGCUUCUACACCUAUGCCUAAACUGGAGGGUUUUGGGAGUUUUGAUGAUAGUGUACCCAUGGAAACGCCCAAGGAUGUGUAUGACAGAGUUUUGCCAAAUACAGGGAGUGGGGAGGUCUCCAUGGAUUUCAUAGCAGACAUAGUACAGCAGAUUGGUCAUUCCAUUGGGGAGAACAUUGCCUCCUGUUUGGAGUCAAAGGCAAUUGUUGGACAUGUUGGGGACAAUGUUAUGGGGAAUGCAUGCAGCUCUAGGGGUUUGGAUGUGUCAGGCCUGAACCUGGUAUUGAAGUCUGAUAUCAGGGAACCAGUGUACUUUCGGGGGGAUGGCUCUGAAAAGUGCACAGUGCAUGAGUGGGAGGAUAUGGUCAUGGUUUACAUGCGUAAGAGGGGCGUAUCUGUGAUGGACCAAGCUGUUGAGGUUAUGGGUAGGCUUAUGGGAAGGGCCCGUGAUGUUGUUAAAGUGGGCAUACGCAGCAAUCCCUCCGUUGAUUUAUCUAAAGGCCCGAGUCCCAUCUUUGACAUACUGAAACAACAUUUUAGUGACACUGCUUUUUCAAGCAUGCCCCUCGCUGACUUUUAUGCCACAUUACCUCUGACUGAUGAACAACCAUUUGAAUAUUGGCUCAGACUGAACAGGGCUAUGGAGGUUGCUGAAGAUUGUCUAAAGAGACAGAAAAAAAGGGUUGAAGACCCAUCUCGUGAGCUCACAGUCAUGUUCAUCAGACAUUGCCCUAACGCUGAACUGUCCCUUAUCUUUAAGUGCAAGCCAUUACAGCAGUGGACUGCUGCAGAUGUUCAUGAGAGGCUGGAUGAAUACAGGAGGGAGCAGAGGUACUCUCACUUAUCUAAGGUGAUCCCAGCCAUCACAACAAUGAAAUAG